UGCCCGAGAGCCAGCUGGCCGAGCGUAGGGAUGCCCAGGGACGCCCGUGCAAGGUGUCGUUGGAGACCGGCCAUCAGGUGCACUGGACCAAAGAGGAGAAUUACAUGUUCAGGCUCUCAGCCUUCCGGGAUCCGUUGCGGAAGUGGCUCCGGGACAACCCACACGCCAUUUCCCCUGACCCUUUCUACCAGCGCGUGCUCCGCUGGCUGGAAGAGGACUUGCCAGAUUUGUCUGUCUCUCGUGAGAGCAGCCGGCUGCAGUGGGGUAUCCCUGUUCCCAGUGACUCAACACAAACUAUUUAUGUAUGGGUAGAUGCCUUGGUGAACUAUCUGAGCGUGGUGGGCUACCCUGAGACACAUGGUGAGUGGUGGCCUGCUGCGCACCAUGUUGUGGGCAAGGACAUCCUCAAGUUUCAUGCUGUCUACUGGCCAGCACUGCUGAUGGCAGCAGGGCUGGCUCCCCCUGCGCGAAUCUUUGUGCACUCCCACUGGACUGUCCAUGGGCAGAAGAUGUCCAAAAGCCUGGGCAACGUGAUUGACCCCUUAGCUUGUAUUGGGCAGUACACAGUAGAUGGAUUUCGGUACUUCCUGCUAAGGCAGGGUGUACCUGAGCGCGAUUGUGACUAUUACGAUGAGAAGGUUGUUAAGCUAGUGAAUUCAGAACUGGCAGAUGCUCUUGGGGGCCUUCUGAAUCGGUCAACAGCCCUCAGCAUUAACCCCAGCAACACUUACCCUUGUUUCUCAGAGUCUUGUUUUCCAAAGAUCUUGGAUUACAGGGGGACAAAAGCCAUGGGUAGGGCUUCUGCUGAAGACUAUGAGUUCGUGGCAUCUGUGGCUUCUCUGCCUCUGCAGGUGGCUAGUUAUUUUGAAGGUUUCCAGAUCUACAAGGCUUUAGAAUGUGUUGCCCUGUGCGUAAGGCAGACCAACAGUUUCUUCCAGAGACACAGUCCUUGGAAACUCAACCGAAAAGACCUCGCAGAGGAGCUCUGGCUUGACACCAUCAUCCACGUUACGCUGGAAUGCCUGCGUGUCUAUGGGACCCUCCUGCAGCCUGUGAUCCCACACACUGCAGACAAGUUGCUUUCCAGGCUGGCUGUUGAGCCAGAAGAGAGAGGUCUCUCGGGUUUGACAUUUCUGCCACGCUACGAUGGGAAGCCGUGUCCCUUUGAAGGGAGACAGCUUGGACCUGACACCGGCAUCUUAUUUCACAGACUAGAGAAGUCAAGACAGCAUCAGAUAGAAACCAGGACGCUCUAGUCUCUGACAAACAGCUUCUGUAAAUAAAAGCCUCCGGGA